UGGGGGUUUGAUCGCUAUUAUUUCGGUUCUUUGAUCCUUUCGUCCGAAAUGAAAAUGGAGUUUCUCUUCACUUCAACCCUAGCAUAGCUCUCAGCGAUCUUCUACCGGCUCCACACGGAAUCGGUCCUCGCACACCGGCACUGGUCGCCGCUACCGGGAUUCGAGCGCGCUGCUUUCGCCGAAUCGGAAUCUCUGGAAUCGCGAUUUAAUAGGUGCUCUUUGAAUGGUCAUUCUCCUAGACAACAAGUUACAGUUUCCAAUCAUCGUUUCUGUAAGUAGUGAUGGGGCGAUUAAGGACACAAUCUAGUAUCAAGGCAAUUGAAGAGGAACCUGAAGACUGUGAGGCUACCUCUUCUGAUAAGGCUGCUGUUGAAUGUAUGAUUAAUUCAGAGAUUGGAGCAGUGCUGGCUGUCAUGCGGAGGAAUGUAAGGUGGGGAGGCCGUUAUGUGUCUGGUGAUGAUCAGUUGGAGCACUCUCUAAUUCAGUCUCUUAAAGCAUUGAGAAGACAGAUAUUUUCAUGGCAAAAUGAUUGGCAAUCAGUAAAUCCUGUUUUGUAUCUCCAACCAUUUCUUGAUGUAAUCCGAUCUGAUGAAACAGGAGCUCCAAUUACUGGUGUUGCAUUGUCUUCAGUUUACAAGAUUUUGACACUUGACGUGCUUGAGGUAAACACUAUCAAUGUUGAAGAAGCUGUACACAUGGUGGUUGACGCAGUUACCAGCUGCAGAUUUGAGGUAACUGACCCUGCAUCAGAAGAAGUCGUAUUGACAAAGAUACUUCAGGUUCUUUUGGCUUGUAUGAAAAGUAAAGCAUCUGUUAUGCUAAGUAAUCAGCAUGUUUGUACCAUUGUAAACACUUGUUUCCGAAUUGUUCACCAAGCUGGGACUAAAGGUGAACUGUUACAGAGGAUAGCUCGUCAUACGAUGCAUGAACUUAUUAGAUGCAUUUUUUCACACCUGCCAAAUGUUGACAACACUGAGCAGUCACUGGUCAAAGGAGUGAUGUCUAUAAAAAAUGAGUCCGGUGGACUCAAUCCUGAUUAUAGCUUCAAUAGCAUAUCAGAGAAUGGUACUGGAGCUUCUGAAUAUGAUGGUCAACUCUCAUCUGGAGGUUUCAAUUCUGCUUCAUCAGGCCUCAUUGGUGGUGUGAUGGAUGAAAGUAUUGGCCUUACUGGCAAUGGGAAGGAUUCAGUUCCGUAUGACUUGCAUUUAAUGACAGAACCAUAUGGUGUUUCUUGCAUGGUUGAAAUAUUUCACUUUCUCUGUUCACUGCUAAACGUUGUUGAGCAUACUGGGGUGGGUGGCAGAGCAAAUUCUAUUACAUUUGAUGAAGAUGUACCCCUUUUUGCAUUAGGAUUGAUUAACUCAGCAAUUGAAUUAGGUGGUCCCGCUAUCCGACAUCAUCCUAGAUUGUUGAGUUUGGUACAAGAUGAAUUAUUUCGUAACCUUAUGCAGUUUGGGCUUUCAGCAAGUCCCUUGAUUCUCACUAUGGUUUGUAGCAUUGUUCUUAAUCUGUACCGGCGUUUGCGCACUGAGCUGAAGCUUCAACUUGAAGCUUUCUUUUCCUGUGUGAUCUUGAGACUUGCUCAAAGUCGAUUUGAAGCUUCUUACCAACAGCAAGAGGUUGCAAUGGAAGCUCUAGUUGAUUUCUGCCGGCAAAAGGAUUUUAUGGUAGAAAUAUAUGCUAAUUUAGAUUGUGAUAUUACAUGUGGAAAUGUGUUUGAAGAUCUUGCUAAUUUACUGUCAAAGAGUGCCUUUCCAGUUAAUUGCCCAUUGUCCAGCAUGCAUAUCCUUGCUUUAGAUGGUCUGAUUGCUGUGAUUCAGGGAAUGGCUGAAAGGAUAGGAAAUGGAUCUGUUGGUUUUGAACCAAAUCCUGUGCAUCUUGAGGAGUAUACUCCAUUCUGGAUGGUGAAGUGUGAGAACUAUGGUGAUCCUGAUUAUUGGGUCCCUUUUGUUCGCAGAAGGAAGUACAUAAAAAGAAGGUUGAUGAUUGGAGCUGAUCACUUCAAUCGGGAUCCUAAGAAGGGGUUGGAAUUUCUUCAAGGAACCCAUUUGUUGCCUGAGAAACUUGAUCCUCAGAGUGUGGCUUGCUUUUUCCGCUAUACUGCUGGACUAGAUAAAAAUCUUGUCGGAGAUUUUCUUGGAAAUCAUGAUGAAUUUUGUGUUCAGGUACUCCAUGAGUUUGCGGGAACCUUUGAUUUUCAGGAUAUGAACCUGGAUACUGCAUUGAGGCUUUUUUUGGAGACUUUCCGUCUUCCUGGAGAAUCACAGAAGAUACAGAGGGUACUUGAGGCAUUCUCAGAAAGAUAUUAUGAGCAAUCGCCACAGAUUUUAGCUAAUAAAGAUGCUGCUCUUUUGUUGUCAUAUUCUCUCAUAAUGCUCAACACAGACCAGCAUAAUGUUCAGGUCAAGAAAAAGAUGACUGAAGAGGAUUUCAUCAGGAAUAAUCGGCACAUUAAUGGAGGUAAUGAUCUCCCUCGUGAAUUUCUUUCAGAGCUUUAUUACUCAAUCUGUAAGAAUGAGAUUCGCACUACACCUGAACAAGGAGCUGGUUUUGCUGAAAUGACUCCUAGUCGGUGGAUUGAUUUAAUGCACAAGUCUAAAAAGACUCCUCCAUACAUUGUUGCUGAUUCCAGAGCUUACCUUGACCAUGACAUGUUUGCAAUCAUGUCUGGUCCAACAAUUGCUGCAAUUUCUGUGGUAUUUGAUCAUGCAGAUAAGGAUGUAUACCAAACAUGUAUUGAUGGGUUUUUGGCUGUUGCCAAGAUAUCUGCAUGCCAUCAUCUUGAAGAUGUCCUGGAUGAUCUUGUAGUAUCUCUAUGCAAGUUCACAACUCUUUUGAAUCCGGCAUCCGUUGAGGAACCUGUUCUUGCCUUUGGAGAUGAUGCAAAAGCUAGAAUGGCAACUGUUACUGUUUUCACUAUUGCAAAUAGGUAUGGAGACUUUAUUCGCACUGGAUGGAGAAAUAUUUUGGAUUGCAUCUUAAGAUUGCACAAACUUGGACUUUUACCUGCUCGGGUGGCCAGUGAUGCCGCUGAUGAUUCAGAAAUGGCAGUUGAUGCUGGACAUGGAAAGCCUCUUACAAACUCAUUGUCUUCGGCUCAGAUGCAAACUAUUGGUACCCCUAGGCGAUCUUCUGGACUAAUGGGCAGAUUCAGCCAACUUCUGUCUCUAGAUACUGAGGAGCCGAGAUCCCAGCCUACUGAGCAACAACUGGCUGCUCAUCAGCGCACACUGCAAACAAUUCAAAAAUGCCAUAUUGACAGUAUUUUUACUGAAAGCAAGUUCUUGCAUGCUGAUUCAUUGUUACAGCUAGCUCGGGCACUCAUAUGGGCUGCUGGCCGACCACAGAAAGGAAAUACCUCACCCGAGGAUGAGGAUACAGCAGUAUUCUGCUUGGAACUUCUAAUUGCAAUCACAUUGAACAACCGUGACAGGAUUGGGCUUCUUUGGCAAGGUGUUUAUGAGCACAUAGCUAAUAUAGUUCAAUCAACGGUAGUGGCCUGUGCCUUAGUUGAGAAGGCAGUUUUCGGGCUACUUCGUAUUUGCCAGCGACUGCUUCCCUAUAAAGAGAACUUAGCUGAUGAGCUUUUGAGAUCACUACAACUGGUUCUUAAGCUGGAUGCUCGAGUUGCUGACCAAUACUGCGAGCAGAUCACUCAGGAGGUUAGUCGCCUGGUAAAAGCAAAUGCUACCCAUAUUCAGUCUCCAAUGGGCUGGCGAACCAUUGCUUCUUUACUUUCUAUCACAGCUAGACAUCCAGACGCAUCUGAAUCAGGAUUUGAAGCUCUCUCAUUCAUAAUGGCCGAUGGUGCUCACCUCUCCCCAGCUAACUUCAUACUUUGUGUAGAUGCAGCACGACAGUUUGCAGAAUCUCGGGUUGGACAGGCUGAUAGAUCAGUCCAUGCUGUGGAUCUUAUGGCAGGGUCUGUCUCGUGUUUGGUACGGUGGGCCCAAGAUGCUAGGGAAGCUAUGUCAGAAUCAGAAGCUGCAAAACUGUGUCAGGAUAUCGGAGAGAUGUGGCUGAGGCUUGUCCAAGGUUUGAGGAAGGUUUGUCUGGACCAGAGAGAAGAAGUUAGAAACCAUGCUCUUCUAUCAUUGCAGAGGUGCUUAACAGGAGUAGACGAGAUUUGUCUCCCACUUGGCUUUUGGCCGCAGUGUUUUGAAAUGGUCAUAUUCACAAUGCUUGAUGAUUUGGCCGAGAUUGCACAGGGGAAUGCCCAAACACAGAAAGAGUAUCGGAACAUAGAAGGGACACUUGUUCAUGCCCUAAAGCUGCUCACCAAAGUGUUUUUACAUUUACUCAAUGAGCUCUCACAACUAUCAAGCUUCUGCAAAUUGUGGCGUAAUGUGAUUGGCAGAAUGGAGAAGUAUAUGAAGCUCAAGGUUAAAAGGGGUGAGAAGCUUCAGGAAUUAGUUCCCGAGCUUCUUAAGAACAUUCUUAUUGUCAUGAAAGCAAAGGGAGUGCUUGUCCCAACUAGUACCCUUGGUGGAGAUAACGUGUGGGAACAAACAUGGUUGCAUGUCAAUAAGAUUUUCCCAUCUCUACAGUCAGAAGUGUUCCCGAAUCAAGAUUUGGAUCAAGCAACUGUCGGUAGAAGUCCUGUUUCUAAUGAAUCUGUUGCUUCUCAAAAUGAAUAGCAGUGCGACCACACAAUGCUGACAUUAUGUGAAUUUGUUGAAUAUUAUGUCUUGAAAUUGCGGGGGACGACGCUUGCUUGCUUGAACUUCUCAUGAAGGUAUGACUUCCUUCGUUUACGGCAUUUUUUGGUUUUUAUUUGUGAAUCUUGAUUGCCAUUUGUGAUCAUUGUUUCCCCUUAGAGCUCUCACAUGCAUAGCUGUUACUGAAUUCCGCCCUUUUGUGAACUAUAUUUGCAUAAUAAGGUCAAACUUCUACAAAUUAUGUUCUUGGGAAUCAUGUUUACCUUCAUAUACUUUAAAAUAGACACCCCCACACCACACCACCCCACCCCACCCCUACUCCAACAGGGGUCCUUGGACCACUUCAUCUAGUAGAGCAAGUUGUGAAUGCUGAUAUGAUCUUUUUGGCAAUUUCUGUAAAGGCUUCACAUGAAAUUACGUGGUGGAUUAAUUAUGGUGAAUUUUGGAACUAUACCCUUGUGAUAUUAACCAAUUCUUGUCUAGAAAUAAUUGUGUGAUGCAUGAAUUUUGUAAAAUAUUAAAAAUACCAUUUAUAGUAGAAUAGAUUUUGUUAAGAAUUUCUUAUGUCAGGAUAUGCUUUACCUGCAAAAAACAAAGCAGCUUCAUAUGUUGUAAUUAACCACAUACUAUUGACUCCAACCUUGUUCACGGAGUUUGUUAUAAUUUUAAUAUUUAUUUUCAAUUGAUGUUCUAUUUUUUUAUAUUAGUCUAUUAGUCUAUGCAGUUGCUGUAUGUCCAUAUUACAAGUAUUUUACUUCCAUAAUAGGUCCAGUCAAAAUAUGUAACAGAACGGCAUGUGCAAAAAGUCAU